GUCACGAAGAUCGUCGUCGUCGCCGUCUUCGUCGUUUGAGCUUCCAUUCAGUUGCGAGUGAAACGAGAAGAAGUGCAAACGUCUCAAGCGGAAAAUCAAGUUGUAUUUAACUUAGUUGCGAACUUCAAAGAAGUGAAAGAGAUAGAUAAUCAAAGAAGAAAAAAAAAACGCAACGCAUGAUUACAAAGUUGAAUGAAGUUGAUAUUUGCAAGAAAUCGAAAUAAAUCACAGAUCUUAACAAGCACCAUACAUGCGUGUUCCAUGUAUGUUUCUAUGUAUUGUAUGUGAAUAUCAAAUGCGAGAAAUAAUUUGCAUAAAGCGUAGCUAAGAAGACGCGCUGUUUAAUUUAACCCACUUUCUAAACGACAACAAAAACACAAAACAAACAAAAUCGACAAGAAAAGAAAGAGAAUCAACUCACUACGAAAUCAAUUAACAAGUAAAUAAUAAUAGUAAAAAAAAGAAUGUGCAAGUGAUACUGAUGAAUUUGUUUACUACGUUUUUUUUCCUACUCAUAACGAAUUCUAACUAAACGAAAACCGGCCCCUGCAAUAACAACAACAACAACAACAAUAGUUUUUAGCAAGAAAAAAGUUGACUUAAAACGCAUUGUAAACGAUACCGAACAACGAUAUACCGGAACUCCCCCGCCCGUCCCCUCUCGAUCUAUUUGUGUGUCGCUGUCUCUGUCAGUCACCCAAAACCGCAGCAGCAGCGCAGCAACCGCGUCGUGUAAACUACACCAACAGCGGAGGCAGCAACAACAACAAAAGCAGCGCAGCCGCCGCAGCAGCAGAGGAAUAGAGCAAACGCCUUUUGGAUUCAUUUCUGCAGCUUCGAAACGAGUUAACGAGCUCCUAAACGCAAUCUGAGAGCGUGUUCAAUACAAUUGGCCCCAGCAACAGCAGCAGCAACAACAACAACAACAAGUUGUUUGGCCAACUUUUGUGCAAAGUUCAUGGAAGCCAGUGAAAAGUUCUAAAAGCUUUUCAACUGCAAUUUCAUAAGCACAACUCGCAUUCUUUUAACGUGCUUCGCCAGCCGGAUUCGCAUUACACCCAAACACACACUUACACAUACAUACUAUUGCAAAACGUCUAGAAUUUCUUGGAUAAUUAUUACCCUCCUCCUCCUUCUCUUGCCUGUCACAUUUCUGUGUCACUUGCUGACGCUGUGAAAUUCUUUUUUUUCAACAACAUUUUCGUCUGCCGGUUUGCAUAAACACCCAGCAGGCAAACAAACUGGAAAACAAUCAAGCUAAACGAGCAGCAAAACGUGCCAAAGCAACACACAAAGUUUAAACGGAAUAUGGCCUAAGGUGGCAACGUAACACAGCAAGAGCGACAACAGCAACCAGCCACAGCAAUCGUCAGCAGCCAGAGCAAACAGACUUCAAGCAACAUGUCAUCCUCGAUUUGUUCACACUUUACGCAGAAUGCGUGGAAGAAGGAUCUCUGCUCGAACUGUUUCAAGUCAAAGGAUGAGCACAAAGCAGCAGCAGCUGCUGCCGCUGCAGCAGCCGCACAGCACAGCGGCGGCAAGCUGAGCAGUGCCCUGAAAUCCUCAGACAGCAGCCACACAAAGACUGAUUACCCCAACAAGCACAAGACGCCGGCGAAGAGCAUCAUCAAGAAGGCCUUCGGCGUGCGUCUAACAACCACAUCGAGCAGCAGCAGCAGCACAUUUAGUAAACUCAGCAGCAGCAGCAAAUCGGGUAAGGUUUGCUUUCCCAAGCAGCUGCAUGAGAUCAUUGGCUAUGGCGGCGAGUGGUCAGAGGAUGAUGACGAUGAUGAUGAUGAUCAUGACUUUAUGAAUCUGGGCAAUGAGCACGAUGACAUGGCCAUCACGGAAACCGACGACGAAGAAGCCGUCGAGCUGAAGCGCAUCACGCGCGCCAACACUGACUUCAAUAUGAACAAUGGCAAUCUGCUGGGCGAUGCCCAGGACAACAUUAAGAAGUCAUUUGCGGCACUUAAGCUGGGCGCACCACAAGUGGACAAGGAGGGCAAAAAGCAAACGCUAACGAUCAAUGUGAUGCCCUUUGGCCAGCCGACAAAGUCAGCGACGCCAGCGAAGACGGCGCCAGCAGCAGCCAAGACAGAGACUGCAAAAGCAACAACAGCAGCAGCAACGACAGCUGCAACAACAACGGUGACAGCGAAGCCUGUUGCCAUCAAGAGCAGCAUCACGACCAAGAAGGUGACCACCACAUUGACCCCAACGUUGGUCAAAUCGACAACGACAACAACAACAGUGGCCGCCACAAGCACAACAACAGCAGCAGCAACAGUCUCGUCUCGUGAUGGCAAGGACAGUCCGCCCAUUGAGCGUGCCAUGGAAAAGUCGCUGCUCGAUGAAAUCUCCGAGACGCUGCAGCAGAAGCAAAAGCAAAGCGAGAGCAACUCUAGCACAGCCAACACAACAACAACUGUUGCUAGCAGCAACAACCACAGCAGCGGCAGCAAAAUCAAAUUCGAACUGAGCGCACUCAGCGAUUCGCCGAAGCCAUUUCUCGACCUUAAGAAGCCAAUCGCGCGUAACGCGCCCAUAACCAAGGAUCAAACGAAGCCCAAGGUGAACGUGUGCCACAAAUAUUCCGACACGGACAGCAACUGUUCCGACACGGAGAACGGCGUCUCCGCCUACUACGAUGUCGUCGAAACGCAGCUCAGCUACGAGAAUCUGCCCGAUGGCAAGUUCAGCGAACAGGUGGGCGUGGCCAGCGCCUCUACAGAGACCACAACCUCUCACUACUCGAGUUCGCAGUAUAUCACAGACAUGUUGCUCAGCUCGAAGACACGCGCUGCCAGCUACAAUCUGCACGAGGGCAACUUUAUGACCAGCAAAAUCACCUCGGAUGGUCUCAUUGUGACAAAGUGCAGCUCCGACGAUGCUCUGGACUCCACAGGCAGCAGCUUCGAUGGCAGCUCCGAUGAGGAGAAUGCCUACAACAUGAUACGCAGCGAGUCAGACUCGGGCAUUGGCAUCAGCAUUGGCAGCGAGUACAAGAAUCUGCCAAAUGGCGGAGUGAAAGGUGGCAUUGAACAGCGUUCGCUGGUGGAGAAGAAGCUGAGUGCGAGCACCAACAACUCGGACUACGAGGACAUACAGAUUGGCGACCAAUCGAGCAACCAGGCGGCGGUCAAGAGCCGUGAGCUGCAUGGCGAACCCGACGGAAGUGCAGAUCCCGACAACAAACUGGAGCAACAGCAACAGCAAUCGAAGCAACAGGAGUCUACGACAAUAGAGCAACAGUUGCCCGCUUUGCCAAAGUCACCUCCGCCGCCCAUGAAAUGCGAUGCACGUCCCUCUUUCCUACAUGGCCUUAAGAAACCAGAGUUGCCUGCAAAGCCAUUGGUCAGCAGCAGCAACAACAGCAGCAGCAGCAAUAAUGGCGUCAGUCCGCUGCCCAUGAAGAGCUUUAUGAGCAAGCGUCAGCCGAGCUGCGCUGAGCAACAAUUCAUCAGCCAACUGCAGACAGCAAUCUCCAAAUCGAGUGAGAAUCUGCUGGCAGCAGCAGCAGCAGCUGCGGCCGCUGAGUCAGCCAAGAAUGAUGAUGCCAAGCUAAAGAAGGGCAAAGCGCCGAAUCCGCCGCCGGAGCCAAAGCUGAGCGCACCGCCUACGCCGGAGCGUGACUACAGCUUGGUAGUUGAGUUCGAGCAGGCCUCGAAGGUGGAGGCAGCAGCUGCCGCUGAGCCAUCCACAACAGCAGCAGCCACAGCAACAAGCACAACAACAGAGACAAGCACAACAGCAACCACAUCAGCAACUUCCAGCAACCUCUACACCAAGAAGCCGCCAGUGGCAGCUGCAGCCCCUGUUAUACGUGAGAAGGAUAAACGCGAACGUGCCGUCAUCAAUCCCAAGUUCCGUAGUCUCAACACCUUUGUGAUGCAGCGCGCCAAUGCAGCCAAGCAACUGCAGCUGCAAUCCGCCAGCUCAGUGCUGAAUUUGAAGCAACCUUUGACUCCAGAGCCAACGCCACGCAAUCAGCGACAUCUCUCGAUGUCCGAGGAGUGUUUGGCUGCUGCUGGCCUCACGGAGCCACACGGCAGCAGCAAGAAGUCACCCACAGCAUCGCCGCCGCAGAAGCAAAAGUCCAAGUUCUCCAUCAAAAAGUUUCUGCGCAUGGGCAGCAAUGGCAACAAGGCCAACGAGCCGCUCUCCAAAAAGGACAACAGCGUCUACACUGAGAUUUGCACCGGAGACGAUGGCAGCGUGGUAGGAAAACCUCGCUUGGUUAUCAUUCACCCCAUUGACAUUAAUCCCACGGCCGUUGAAGUGGUCAAGGAUAUCACCAAGACCAGCGACACGGUCUCAGCACAAACAGUUGCUGUGGUCACCGCCAAGCCGCCAGCGCCUCCGUUGCGUGCCAGCGAGGGACAACGCGCCCAUGAGGUCAACAAGCCGGCACGCCCACCGCCGCCCAAAAGCGCCGAACUGCGACGCAAGCAGAAAACAGAGUUGACAGCAACGUUGAGUUCAAGCAGCGUGGAUUCCGUCAAGAUUAGCGGCAAUCCCAAUGCUGGAGGUUCCAUCAAAUCCAAGGCGGACAAUGUUUAUGCCAAUUUGGGUGAAAUCCGCUCCUCGAUAGCGCCCCGCAAGCCGGAGCGCACGGCGAGCAUGCGGGAGCGUGAAGCGCAGUUGGAACUGGUCCGUAAGCGCGGCAUACUUACCGAUACUAUCUCCAUUUGCUCGUCAAACGGUGAGAAUGUAACGGCCGAUCAGUCCAAGGCGGCCACCAACAGUGUCCUCUACGAGAAGCCCCCAACAGGUGCACUCAAUUCCACAACCACGACAGCCACAUCGACCAUCAACAGUCGCACCAGCACGUUCGAGCGGCAGCCCAAGAAGGCUGAGACCAAGAUGUCGAUAUCGAGCAAGCUGGAGAUCUUUGAGCAGCGUGCUCACGAUGCCACGGACACGGCACAGCGCAGCAGCUUGAAAGAUUCAGUGCGCAAGAUCAACAGCACCAUCGACAGUUAUUUGAAGGACAAACGCGACUAUGAGAACAUGUACGAACUGGUCAAAAUGGGCAACGACAACAGCAGCGGCAACAAAACAACACCAAGCACAACAACUGCUGCCACAGCGACGCCUCCGAUGCCGCCAACACGCAGCAGCAAUCUCGAUCUGAGCAAUGUGGCAGGACAACGACUCAACCAGACGAGCAGACGCAACACCAGCAACAACAUCUACUCGGACACCGCUUCGAUAGCCAGCUACACGCGCAGCGAGUACGGCCCAGUGCGUAACUAUGGCCUAAACAACAGCUUGGCCAACAUUCCACGCGUCAUCUCCGCCUCGUAUGCGGGCAGCGAGGUGGGCGAGUUCGACAUCUAUGCGCCGUACAGCUACUAUGGCAGCGAGGCUGGCGGCGAUGUUGCCACGGACAUCAACGACAGCGUCUGGGGCAUGCCAAUGGGCAACAAGAACCGCAGCAAGGCCACGAAUCGUUUGCGCAUGCGCAAAGGACGCAGUGUCGUGCACAAGACCAUCGAGGAUAACUACACAGCUGUGGUGGUGGCCAACCACGAGGCACUUGCCCAGGUCCUCGAUCAGCUACAACAAACGCCAGUUGUGCCCGCCGCUUUGCGACCGCUGGCCAAUGCCAUUAAUUUGCGUUUCGAGGACUUUAGCAUACUGGACGGCGCCCAGGCCUUUGUGGUGGGCAAGAAGGCCUUCCAUGCUGCACUCUGGACCACAUCGCCAGUUACCUUGGCCCUCUCGGCCGAUUGCAAUCAGCUGGCCGGCGUCGGUGGCGAACUGAGCCAAUUGACGGGCGGCGUUAGCGAUGUGCUCAAUCCGAUUACCGAGUUUUGCGAUCUGGUGCCCAGCUACCAGCUGCCAUUGAUGCCUACCACAGAGGUGACACUGCUGCAGGCAACCAUCUCAGUGCUGCCCAGGCUACAGCUGGAGACAUUGCAAUCGAUUGGCGCCAUACUCAAGGGCAAGUCUCAAGUGCUGGACAAGAGCAACUUCAAUUUCCGCGGCUCAAUACCAAAUCUGAGUGGCCUGAAGGAGGCGGGCGCUAGCAAUGCAUUGCGCAAUGUGGUCUCAGUGCAAAAUCUGAGCACAUUGAACGAAGAGUCGACGUCGUCCAUCAAUGCAGCUGUCAAUGGUGGCGAGGAGAGCACAAACAACACACCCAGUCCCAUGCCUGCCUUUGAUGAUGUGAUGACGCGAGAGGUGGCAUUCAUAAUGCUGCAGCUGGUCAAUGGCAUGAAGAAUCUACAGGCCAAGGCCAUCGAGGAGACGCCGCUGAGUCUGUCCAAUGUGGUGCUGUCCAAGGACAUGGACAACAAGGAUGCACAGGCGCGUCUCUGCGUGCUGCAAGGCAACAACAACGAUGACGAUGAGCCCAUGGGCACGCUCUGCAAGUGCGCUCACGGUGCGCUGACCGACAUGCUGCCCGCCACCAAGAUCACUCCUAUACUGGCCGACAUACUGCAACAGGAGCGUGCCGAGUCGCUGUCCAAGGCCAAGUCCGUGCUGGAGUUUGUGCUCUGGGGUCCCUCGGAUGUGGCGCUCACCGGCGUCACCAAGGAACGUGAGCUGGCACUGCAACGUUGGCUGGAUCUGGAGCGAGCCACAGUUCUCCAUGGACUGGUGCGCACCCGAGUCGAAUUAACAGUCUACGACGAAUGUCAUCUGAUGUUCCUGGUACGCUCCACGGCCAAGAUGAUGAACGAUGCGGCCAAGAUAGUGUGCAGCUAUCAACAGCAGCAGCAGCAACAACAACAGCAACAUGAAUAAUCUAUAACUUAAUUACGAGCAAAGCUAAAUAAUAUUUAUUAUACAAGUUUAUCAUAUGCUUUUAGUCCUUUGAUUAGUUUAGUUGAUAUACGCCCGAACUUGCAAGAGUUCCAUAUCUAGAUACAUAUAUUAUACUAUACGUCGAAAGAUCAAAUCUAUUUGCAAUUACGAUAAAAACUACGAAGACGAUCCGACAAUGCCUUUAGCCCUUACUUUGUACACUUCUUUGCCCCAGCGUGCCAAACUCGAACAACGCGCGGAAAUUGUCUUGUAAAAAAAAUAUGAAAAAUAUGCAGCAAUAAUUCUGUCAGCAGUGAAACUUUAAUUAAUUCUAGUUUAUUCUUAAAUGUUAGUUACUCUAUAUGCAGCUAUUUAUACAUUACUUAUUACUUAUUACACAACAACCGUUGAGAACUACAAAUAAUUUGAAAGUCAACUUCGGUUUGUAAAGAAUAAAAAACAUUGGUGUUUGUUUGAAUAUCCAUACAUAAGCUUACAAUGUACUGUACAUCUAUCAAUAUGCAAAUAAAUAAAAUGGAAAAUUCUUAACUAU